AAGGAUAUUACCAAUAUGCUCAAGAAGUUGCUCGUCGUCGGUGGCUCUGGCGCGCUUGGUCGAGGCGUCGCUGCCCGCUUUAGCGCGGCCAAUUGGUCCGUCGUCAACGUGGACUACUCGGCGAACCCCGACUCGGCCACGAACGUGACUCUCAAGACGCAGCAAAGCUCGCUCGCGCAGCUGCCGACGAUUCUCGAUGCUAUCAAGAACGAAAAGGUUGAUGCGGUCGUUUGCGCGGCUGGCGGGUGGGCUGGCGGCAGCAUUGCGAGCGCCGAGACCCUCGAAAACUUGUCAGCCAUGUACUCGAUGAACAUGGAGUCUGCUUUGCUUGCGGCGCAUUUGGCGGCCACAAAGAUGAACCCUGGUGGUCUUCUUGUACUCACGGGUUCCGUUGCUGCCCUGCAAGGCACGCCCGAUAUGGUCACGUAUGGCAUGAGCAAGGCGGCAACGCACCAGUUGAUCGCGAGCUCAGCGCCCAAGCUGCCGGAGGCUGCGACCGCGCUUGGCAUCCUCCCAAUCACGAUCGACACGCCGACGAACCGCAAGUACAUGGCGGACGCGGACUUUUCGACGUGGACGCCGGUUGAGGAAAUUGGCGACAAGCUUGUCGAGUGGGCGCAAGAGCAUAGCGCGCGCCCGACAUCCGGCGGCCUCGUCACGGUGACGACCACUGGGGGCAAGUCGGUGUGGAAGGCGAUUGGCAACCCGUUUGCGUAAGUCAUUGAGUCCAAGUGCAUUCAGAUGCGCUUCACUGCAUAAUUAUUGCGUGAGCCGCGUCGUUUUGUACCACAACUACGAGUUUCCUAUUGCACUG